UUUAGAUAUUAUUUUUUAAUGGUUAAUCUCCGCCUCUAAAAAAGAUUGGCUUCCACAUAAUUAAAGGUUGGUAUCAACAGAGUUUGGUUAGACCCAAAUGAAGCAAGUGAAAUCAGUCUUGCAAAUUCAAGAAUGUCAAUUAGAAAAUUAAUUAAAGAUGGUUUGAUUAUGAGAAGAUUGAGAACAAUUCACUCAAGAGCCAGAGCAAGAAGAUUCCUUGAAGCAAAGAGAAGAGGCAGACACACCGGUACUGGUAAGAGAAGAGGUACAAGAGAGGCAAGAAUGCCAACCAAAGUUCUUUGGAUCAGAAGACAAAGGGUUUUAAGAAGAUUGCUCAGAAAAUAUAGAGCUGCAAAGAAAAUCGACAGAUAAUAAUAUCACGAAUUUUAUUUGGCUUCAAAAGGUAAUCAAUACAAAAACAAAAAAGUUCUUAUCGAGGCAAUUCAUGAAACUAAAUAAGAAAAAGUUAGAGUUGAUAAAAUCGAGAAGGAAUAAAAUGACAGAAGAGAAAAGAAUAAGGCUCAAAUAACCAAGAAAACCUAAAACAAAUUUGCUGCUGAAUGAUAUUUACAUAUUUAGUACAAUAAUCAAUAAUUGUUAUCAUAAUUAUAUAA